AUGAGUGACAGGGAGGCAGCCCAGGCCCAUGUCCUUCUGUCAUCACAGGGCCACCAGACAGCCCUCCACCGAGCAGCCAUGGUGGGGAACUGUGAUAUCAUAGACGGACUCAUCAAGGGAGGCUGCGCUCUAGACCUGCAGGACAAGGACGGCAACACGGCGCUCCAUGAGGUCUCAUGGCAUGGCUUCUGUCAGUCAGUCAAACUGUUGGUCAAGGCUGGAGCUGACGUUCACGCCAGGAACAAGGCAGGAAACACAGCUCUCCACCUGGCCUGUCAGAACGCUAAUGCUCAGAGCGCCCACGUGCUGCUGCUGGGAGGCUCCAGACCAGACAUCAAGAACAAUGUGGGGGACACCUGUUUGCAUGUGGCAGCACGUUACAAUCACCUGGCCAUGAUCAAGAUUCUGGUGGGCGCCUUAUGCUCUGUUACGGAGAAAAACCAGGCAGGGGACACUGCUCUCCAUAUGGCAGCUGCCCUAAACCACAAGAAAACUGUUCAGCUCCUCCUGGAGGCAGGGACUGACGGCAACGCACGAAACAAUGCAGGGAAGACUGCCCUGGACAAGGCCAGAGACUACAACCACAAAGACGUGUCUCUCCUGCUGGCCAGAGCUCCUCAGGUUCACUGUUUCACUAGAGGAAGGACGGUGAGGAAGAAAAGGGACCGGCUGAAGGCAGAACGCAGAACCCAGUCUGUCACCAGAGAAGAAAUGCUGCCCAACAAGGACAGUGGGUACAUGGCUGAGGCGUCUCACAGUAGUGAGCGUCUGGCCAGCAGGGCCGGCCUCAACAGAGCAGGGCUGCCUCACCAUCAUCACCACCGCCUUCACUGCAGUAAAACAUCAGUCACCCCAACCAGCCCUUACCACAGAAGGAGAAGACAUAAGCUUUUCAAAGAACAGGCCUUGGCAGAGGAUACUCCUAGAAGAAGAAUGAAUGGCCAUCCCGACCUCCACAGGAAGAGCAGACUGUGUACAUAUGAUGAAGCCCCUCCUCACAACGGCAAAACCUAUCAGCUAUACACCCUGUACCGCGACAAGGACGGCAAUGUCAAACAGGCCCCAGCCAAUGGCUGCCACUGUAAGCCCCUGAUCAAGAGGCUAGAGGGAGAGCUGAACGCCACUAAAGAGGAGAUGAGGACACAGAUGCUGACGGUUCAGGAGCAAGUCUAUACUAGGCUUGGGAGGAUGGACCGCAAGAGCAUACACCAGAUCAAAGUGCUGGAUAUGCUGACCCAGGAGAGGGUGGCAGCAGAGAGGAUGGAGUGUCUCUACAGGAUGGACCAGAGAGCUGCCCAGAGCAGAGAGGAGGCACAGAGGAGACAGGCAGCAGCGACCCAGGAGUUGAAGAGGUGGUGCAUGACUCAGAUCCAGGAUAUGGACCUCCACCUCCCAGCCGACCCCCAGUACUACAAGCUGCUCCCCUCUCCGUCUGUGGGGGACGAUGGAGACUCAGAGUGCCUCCCCCUGCUCUCUGUCUUCUCUGGGGACAGCAGCAGCUCUCUGGCUACCUACGUCAACCUGCUGCCAUGCCCCUCACCCUCAACCACCCACAAUGCACAUCACAGUCCGGCGAUGGAGCAGGGCCAGGGUCAGGGGUCGGGCAGGAAGUACUUUGAGCUGAAGCUGGACAGAUCACCAGCUCACCACCAUCACCCAGGAAUCCUCCUGAGCUCUACCGCCCCCCGGUGUCAGCAUCCAGAACGGCUCGACAAUCACAUUCCGGGGCUGAUCUGGGAGGGCUGCUCCAGCAGUGUCAGCAGCAGCCAGUCUCCCACCAGCAACUGGAAGCAGGGCCGGGGCCAGGACAGUCAUGGCUGGCACCACAGGAAGCACCUCCGGGACCGGAUCAGGACGCGCGGCCUGAUGAGACCACCCAGUGUCGGGACCAGGACCCUGGAGUUCUUCAUGGACAGACCCCCUGAGCCCACAUUCAGUCAGGAGAGAAACAACCUACACGCCAUGGAGGUGACCCAGAGGUUCUUUGAGACAGUGUCCACUCAGCUGGAGUGCUGGUAUGAGAGGAAGAUCCAGGAUGCCAAGCGGCAGGCAGAGCUCAGGGCACAGCAGGACAGGGCCGAACUCCUGCAGCGAAUUAGAAGCCUGGAGGAGGAGCUUGAACAGCUCAGGAUGACCAAUGGGAGCACAGACAGUUGA